CGACCCCGCAUACACGGCGGCUCGACUGAGCCAGCAGCCAGCACGAUGAGGGAAGACCCAAGCAGAGGGGAGAUGCGGAAGAGGAAGAUGACGAGAAAGGAGUAGGACGCAGGUGGAAGGGAACGGAUGGCUGCCAGGGGGGAAAGGGCGGUUGAGGCCCUCAGCCUGAGGGCGCAGGGGGAGAAGGGAGUCUACCAGCAAGGGCAAGGAGCGGAUGAGGAGAACGAACCGCUGGGGGGGGAUGCGCGGGAGGAGGGCGAGUCAACGGAUGUCGCGACAGAAACCAAGCGUUCGCAGCUUACCCACAUCGGAGUUCAAAAAAACCCAGGGCACCCUGGAGGCAAGCGGGGUGUUUCUCGGCAUGGGCUGACUGUGUACGCGGUCGGAGGCCCGCGAGGACUUCUCGGGUCGGCGCUGGGCCCCAAACGCUGGCCCCUGAGCCGCGAAGCGGCGCAGGAGGCGCCGCCGGGGGAGGGGGGGAGCCAGCGUCGACCCUUCAAGUCCGCGCGGCCCCUCCGAACGAUGGUUGCGCGGCUCGUCCCGCCUGCUCUUCGACCCGCGGCCACGAAGAGGCUGAAGAUGAGGCGGGGGAAGAUGUGUCGCGCCAUCGGCCGAAGGCAGACGGUUGCCCCGGGUGGCCCCAGACGAGCCCAGACACCUGACACCCGAGGAAGAGGAGGACUCGGCUGUACAAGUAGGUCACGCUUCUCCUCCGUCGCCAGGAAGCUCUUGACAAUGCUUUUGCUGACUCAGGCCGCGCAGUUCCACAAUAGUCCCGAUGAAGCUGCACUCUGAACAUGACGCGCAGAUGUCCAACCUAGCGCGGAAGGGCAAGCAUCAAUAGAAUGAGCCACAAGAAAAUUAUGAAUAAGAGAAGAAGACGUCGGAGUGAAGUCGGAAGGGAAGCCCCUGUCCUUGAUCCUUUCCCUGCCGUGGGGCGGGGGGGGCGAUCAGACUACCGCCCCUGGGGGUCCCGGCGGGUCCGGGGGGGGGGUCGCCAGCAGGGGUCGCCAGCGGGGGUCCCGCCUUCAGGGUCGGCGGCGCUGGCCGUAAGGCCUUCGCAAGAUGAAGCCACACUCCCUAACCACGACUUCGUACUCCCAAAUGGUGGCUGGCGGGACGGGGGUCUCGUGUGGGCCGACUGGGUAUACCCGGCCGAUUACCA